AAGGUACAUUGCUUAGAGCACUGACUUAAGUGAGGGUUGGUGCUGGUAGCUGUGUACUCCCAAGUGUCAUUUCCGAUUCUAAGUCUUCCUGUCAAAGUCCACUGUGGGUUUUUUUCCCCCCUCUUUGUAGAAACUGCUAAACUCAGACAUUCCCCAGUCAGAGUCUGCAGUGGUGACUGGAGUGCACUAACCCAGCUCUGCUCCAACCUUCUCAACUGCUACUAUGUUAUUUGCAUACAACUUGGACAAUUGGUGUAUUGAGUACAGAGUUUCACAUUAUUUGGAAAAAGGAUUACACUGGGAAAUGAUGGUUUAUUGAAUUCAGAAGCUUGAAGGGCAUCGAGAAGAGUUCGGGAGGCUUUGCAUUUAAGCUGCUGUGAAAAAAAACUCGACCUGAUUCCAAUGUUUCAGAUCUGCCAGGUUCCAGGUCUAUGGAAAUGCAGGAUCUAGCCAGUCCACACGGCCGCCUGAGUGGAAAUAGUGAAUCUCCCAAUAGUCCCAAACUUGACAACUCCUGCAUCAAUAAUAAUUCCAUGACACCAAAUGGCACUGAAGUGAAAACAGAACCAAUGAGCAACAGUAAUAUUGUCACGACAUCAACAGAUGGGUCUUUAGACAAUUUCUCAGAAUCAGCAAUCGGUAGCGGCUUUAGCCCAAGACAAACUCAUCACUUCUCUCCUCAGAUUUAUCCUUCCAACAGCAGGUCAUAUCCACAUAUUCUUCCCACACCUUCAUCACAAACCAUGGCAUCAUAUGGACAGUCACCGUACACUACAGGAAUGCAACAAGCAUCAAUUUAUGCAACAUAUCCACAAUCAGGACAGCAUUAUGGAAUCCCAUCAUAUGGCAUCAAGACCGAAGGUGGAUUGACUCAAUCACAGUCAUCUGGCCAAACGGGAUUUCUGAGUUAUGGUUCAAGUUUAAGUGCACCUCAACCAGGCCAAGCCCCUUACAGUUACCAAAUGCAAGGGGGAUGUUUUACAUCAGCAUCAGGAAUUUACACAGGAAGCAAUUCUCAGACAAACUCCACAGGCUUCAACAAUUCACAUCAGGAAUAUUCUUAUGCAGGCUUUGGCCCAGGACAAUAUGCACAGUAUUAUAACAAUUCUGCGUACCCUUCUCCUUAUUUGACAAGCAACAAUAGCAAUCCAACAACUCCUUCAACUACUACAACAUACCAGCUCCAAGAUUUAUCAACUGUUACGAGCCAAGCCGUUACAGAUUCUGCUGCAGGAGAGUUUGGUACAAUUCACAGCUCGUCAACAUCCACUAAAGAUUCAGAAUUGGAUCGAUUGCGUCGAGUUUCAGAUGGAAAGUCACGUGGCAGAGGCAGAAGAAAUAAUAACCCUUCACCUCCCCCAGACACUGACCUUGAGCGAGUGUUCAUAUGGGACUUGGAUGAAACAAUAAUUGUUUUUCACUCCUUGCUAACGGGGUCCUAUGCAAAUAGAUACGGAAGGGAUCCACCUACAUCAGUGUCACUUGGGCUGCGAAUGGAAGAAAUGAUCUUCAACCUCGCAGACACACAUCUGUUUUUUAAUGAUUUAGAAGAAUGUGAUCAAGUUCAUAUCGAUGAUGUAUCAUCAGACGAUAAUGGGCAGGAUUUGAGCACUUAUAACUUUGCUACAGAUGGCUUUCAUGCUGCAGCAACUAGUGCAAAUCUUUGCCUAGCAACUGGUGUUCGUGGAGGAGUUGAUUGGAUGCGGAAGUUAGCUUUUCGCUAUCGACGAGUAAAAGAAAUAUAUAACACCUACAAGAAUAAUGUUGGAGGUCUCGUUGGCCCGACGAAAAGGGAAUCCUGGUUACAAUUACGAGCAGAAAUUGAAGCUUUGACAGACUCCUGGUUAACAGUUGCACUGAAAGUUCUCACACUCAUUCACUCAAGGUCAAACUGUAUAAAUAUUUUAGUAACAACAACACAAUUGAUACCUGCUCUUGCCAAAGUCUUGCUGUAUGGAUUAGGAAUUGUUUUUCCAAUUGAAAACAUAUAUAGUGCAACUAAAAUAGGGAAAGAAAGCUGCUUUGAACGUAUAAUUCAAAGGUUUGGCAGAAAAGUAGUAUAUGUUGUUGUGGGAGACGGUGUGGAAGAAGAACAGGCAUCUAAAAAGCACACCAUGCCCUUCUGGAGGAUCUCAAGCCACUCUGACCUUAUGGCCUUACAUCAUGCCCUGGAAUUGGAAUACUUGUAGCAGUACUUUGAAAUGUAGCUCUCCACCUUCACUGUUUGUAGACUACAAUAUUUCUGUGUCUUCUGGCAGCUUCUGACUCCAAACCGUGUGACGUGCCCCAAGUGUUGACAGGCAGCUGCAAUUUGUCUUAACCCUUGACCAAUCUUUAAAUGGAGGCAAAUUAAUCUAUGGCAAAGCUUCUGAUGGCUCACAAGACUGUGGAGGUUAUACAAUGAAAGGCCAUUAUAAUGUUCAACAGCCCUGUUACUGCUACAGUACUACAACAAAAUGGAUCUGAAAAUGUGAAGAUUUUGGAUCUGAAAAGAUGCUUAGCUCUUACCAGUUAUAUGGCCUUCACAACAAGUAGGAUGGAUAACGCUUUAAGCAUUGACAGUCAUCAAUCUAUUGCCUCUGUAAAGAAAACAAUACAUUUCUACCAGAAGGAAUUUAAAACUUACACUGAAAACUGAGUUAGACAAAUGCUAGCGGCAUCUUAUACUUGUGGAGGAGUUUUGUUUCCUUACUGAUAUCCAGGGUUGUUUUAUUAUUUAUGAACUGACUAUUGUAUUUUAACAUCAUUUAUGAAGGUACUUAAAUUAGAAUUUUUUUGCCGUUUGACACCAGGAACAUGUUUGAUUCUGUCAAGUCACAAAGCGGUUUACAGAGAAUUUGUUCUCUUAUAAUUUAAGAUAACUUCAGUUUGCUAAGACAAUCGUGUACAGAAAAUGUCAUUUUGUGUAAAUUUGUAUUCAGCAAUUCUUUUACAUAUUGUUAAGGCAGAUGCAAUUGAAUGGGAACAAUGCCUUGUUUGUGAAGUGUCGAGAGGCAUUGUGUGCACAUAAAACAGUGCUGUGCCUUAUCAAAAUGCUGGUGUGUUAAAGUGCAACUUUUUGUUGGGUAAAUAUGUAGAUAAUGGAAUUUUUGUGAUUAUUUUGUAAAGACCAAAAGCUUGAAUGUCAAGUGUCAAGAUUUACUCCUUUUUCUGUAGCUUUCUCAUUCCCCCAAAUAACUUGUAUCCGUCUUUCUGCAAACAAAUAAAUGAAAUAUUCUAAUUGAAUAAAGUCAAAAAUAAUUC